CCCACAUGCCAGUGUCGCUUGUGCAGCCGUGGUGGGAGGGUGUUGCACGCCGGUCGAUGUCACGCUUCCAUGGCGCGGUGCGUUCUGUGACACAACGAAAUACGCGACUGUGUUAGUGUGUCGCUUCACCUCGUCCCUGUGUGCGGCGUCCCAUAGCCUCCUCAACGCACCGCUCCCUAGGGACACGCACCCUCUUUUGCACCGUGACACACUGGCUGGGUCGCACCGCCUCACUCACACAUACACACACACACACACACACACACGAGACGUCUAUGACUCAAAUAGCUUCAGGAAGUGAGUGCGUGCAGGGGAGUGCGUGUGGUGGCGAGGGAGCUUGAGUACGGGUGUCCUCGAGUGCGUACGGGCGGUUUAGUGCACCGCUGUGGCUAUGACGCCCUACCACUAACACCGCCGCCGCCGCCGCCACCGCCAGCCUGUCUAGCCACUCACCGCAGUCAUUUCCUUCCCCCGUGUGACUGUCUGACUGGGUGCUGCUGUCACUGUUGCCUCCCUCCCUCACGCUCUUGUUCUCAUGCAGCCGCCCCUCCCGUAUGUCCCGCUCAGCUGCACGCACAGACAUGGAAGUGUGUGUAAUGCUGCGUGAUGGUGGGCCGGGCACCGAAUAGUGUUGGGUGUGGCCGGCACCGCGUGGAGGCGGCCUGCCACCACCAUGGAGGUCCCCGCCCUCAGCGCCGCUUCCCCCCGACGAGCCAGGAGAUCCCAUGCCCCUCUGUCCCUGUGCACCGCCCCGCUCUCCGCCGCCCCGCCCCUGCCACCACCUGAGCAGUUCGCUACAGUUCAUGGCGGUGCUGGUGUGCAUCGCCCCCCGCCCCCCCACGCCGCCUCCAGCAGGAAGCAUCGCGCCAACCACCAGCGCAACCUUUCCCUUGACUUCAGGUCUAUGGGCAUAGUGCUGCCGCCGCUGCCAGCCCUCAGCCACAGCGGCUCGCACCAGAGGAACCGCAGCCUUGACUCCGUGCUGCAGAAGAUUCCUGAGGUGGAGGGCGGAGACACGCCACAGCACCCGCCCCCCAGCAACCCACCCCUUAAGCCCUCCCUGUCCUUCACCUUCUCUGACGCGCCGAGCUUCCGCCUGAGGAAUGAGUCGUGCCGCGUGGCGCCAGUGGGCCACCCGGUGGUGGUGAGGCGCGACAAGGACCGCUACGACCAGUCCAGUCUCGGUUCAGACGACUCGGGCAUCUGCGGCUCGGAGGGUGACGCCACCCGAGAGUCGAGUGCCGAGCGGGGCCAGAGUGUGGAGGCGUUGGAGGCCGGCAGCACUAGCUCUGACUGCGAGGUGAAGAGUGUGUACUCCGAGACUCUGGACGGUGAGGCAACCAUGGGGGAACCUGAGGGUGAUGUGCCCCUGGGGGAGGUGGAGGACGAGGUGGAGGUGGAGGGAGAUGCAGUGGACCUUACGUUAGUGGCAGAGGAGAACUUCAAGUCUCCCGACUCCUCCCCGGACCCCCUGGGCCUGACACCCCCCAAGGACCCCUGUGAGGAGUCCCAGGAACCCAGUGAUACCACGCCCACCCCCACCCUGGUCCGGGGGAAGGGGACCAAACACGGGGCCAGUACUAAGGAUAAGAGACCCUCAUGUGAUGUGGCGAGGGCACAGAGUGGUGGUGGUGGUGGAGUGAGUGCGUUAGUGAUGACACAGAGGAGUGCGGUGGCCCAGGGAGUGUGUGGCGGCAGUGGCACAUUGACCAAAACCAAACUGGCAGAGAAACAGUCUCUGCUGCUGCGGCUGUUCGAGAGCAAAAUGUUUGACAUGUCAAUGGCGGUGUCGUACCUGUACAAGUGCAAGGAGCCAGGUGUGCAGCAGUACAUCGGCAACCGGCUGUUCUCCAUGCCACCUGCCGAGGCACACUUCUUCCUGCCGCAGUUGGUCAACAUGUAUGUGCAGACCUAUGAGGUGGCAGAGGUGCUGCACCCCUUCCUGGUGCACUUCUGCCGCCACGACAGCACCUUCGCCCUGCAGUGUGCCUGGCUGCUGGAGGCCUUCGCCACUGACUCUGCCCUGCUGAGGAAAAAGUCCCACGGCACCAAGCUCAAGAACCUCAUCCUGUCUGACGAACUCAGGCCCAAACAGGAGGGGAUGGAGUGCCUGCGGGGGAGUGGUGAGGGCGGUGACCAGUCAGAUGGUGCUGUCCUGAGGUCGUCACUCUGCACACGCAUCAAGGAGCACCCCAGCCCCGGCUCAAACCCCGGCUCCCCUGUCACCGAGCUGUCCCCUCCCUUCAUCCCCCCGGCCAUCCUGCCAAACCCUUCCCGGCGCGGCCACCAGCGCUCCCGUUCUGAUGCCACUGUAGCUCUCCAGGGUCACCUCCCUGCCCCUGCUGCUGCCGCCACCACCUCCAGGGGUCACAAGCGGACUCCUUCCUCAGGAAGCAUAAAAAACUGCUUGGGCGACCUUGCAUCCGGCCGUGCCUUUGACAAUGGCUGCUGCUGCUUUGACUCGGAGGAAGCGCGGUGUAACUCCCUGAGGGGCAAGGCUGUCGAGUGCCACUGUGGGGCACCAAGAUUAUCCCCAGAGCUGGAGUUUGUCCGCACCCUCAUCACCAUCGGCAAGCGGCUCGGGGCACAGCCGACCAAAGAGGCCAAAACCUCCCGGCUGCUGGCAGAACUCUCGGUGCUCAACCUGAACCUGCCAGCACGAGUGUACCUGCCACUGUGUGCCACCGAGCAGCCCCACCACGUGGUGCGCAUUCCCCCCCAGGCUGCUGUGGUCCUCAACUCAAAGGAUAAGGCACCGUACAUCAUCUACGUGGAGGUGCUAGAGGUGGACAGUGUGGACACAGCAGCAGUGCAGUCUAAGCUUGCACACAGCCUACGCCACACACGCUCAGAGGAGAACCUCAUCAAUAACUCCCCUGCCUCCACCUCAUCCUCCCAGCUGGACCUCACCACCGCCACCCCCAUCACCACCACCACCAACACCACCAGCAGUGGCCUCGGCUCCACCUCCUCCAUCCCCUCCUCCCUCAGCUCACCACACCUCACCUCAGGCUACAUCGAUGAGAGUGACUGCUGGAGCCACGAGGACGAUGAGAUUAGCCAACAGUACUGUCGCCUCAAGAAACCCCGAGACCGAGACACAAUAUCCAUGAUGUCACUUGACUCCUGCGACUCCCGGGAACUGACGGCGCGAGGGGCGGCUGACAUCCGGCGCCGCCUCUCGGAGACGGUCAACGCCCCCAACACAGGGUUCAAGAGGGACCCGGAUGACCCCUCAGCCGCUGCACUCAAGGAACCCUGGGAGAGCAAGGUGGAGCGCAUCAGAGAGACAUCACCUUAUGGGCACCUUGCAUCGUGGCGGCUGCUGUCAGUCAUCGUCAAGUGUGGGGAUGACCUGCGGCAGGAACUGUUGGCAUACCAGCUGCUGUGCAUGUUCCAGAAGAUUUGGACAGAGGAGAAGGUCUCGCUGUGGCUCAAACCUUACAAAAUCUUGGUGUUGUCUGACGACUCUGGCAUGAUUGAGCCCAUCCUGAACACCUGCUCACUGCACCAAAUAAAAAAGAACAGCAAGAUGUCACUGCUGGAUUACUUCACCAAGGAGUUUGGCGACAAAAACUCAGAGGAAUUCCUGACGGCACAGAGAAAGUUUGUGGAGUCAUGUGCUGCUUACUGUCUGGUGUGUUACAUCAUCCAGGUGAAGGACAGACACAACGGUAACAUUCUCCUUGACAACGAGGGUCACAUCAUACACAUCGACUUUGGUUUUAUGCUCUCCUCCUCGCCACGCAACCUUGGCUUUGAGGCGUCGCCCUUCAAGCUGACGCCGGAGCUGGUAGAGGUGAUGGGUGGGGAGACGUCUGACAUGUUUGCCUACUUCAAGAUACUCCUGCUGCAAGGCAUGCUGGCAGCCAGGAAGCACAACGAGAAGAUCAUCUCUCUGGUGGAGGUCAUGAGCUCAGGGUCCAAGCUGGCAUGUUUCCGUGCCGGGGCGUCGGUGGUGCCGGCUCUCAAGGGACGCUUCCAUCUGAACAUGACAGAGGAGCAGCUGCAGGUGUACCUCGACUCACUCGUGUACGACGCCAUCAACUCCCUCACCACCAAGCUCUAUGACGGCUUCCAGUACUUGACCAAUGGCAUCCUUUAGCCCUGCCGCACUGCAUGGAGUGAGCAGCUGCCUCAGGGAUGCUCAUUAGCCCUGCAGUGCUGUGUGAAGUAAGUCAGGUGAGGCAGCCGUGUCUGUGGCUCCACAGCGCCGAGCGGAGUGAACUGCAUCACCCCGGCAGUGUCUCACACCGGCACAUGGGUGACGGCACGUGCUGCUCAGACUCUCGCUGAGAUUAUUAAUGUAAAAAGUGUGUACAAACAUGAAGCAACCUUGCGAUAUUAGACUCAAGUGUACCAAAGAGAGAGACGAGGUGUGAAGGAAGGCAAGGGUGAAAUUAUUACAAAGAAAAGAGGAAAAGCAACAAGAAGGGUGGUAAGGAGUUGCAGCUGCCAUGUGGGCUGGCCUUCUUGAAUAUGAAUGCACCAGUAAUUCAUGAGAGGACAGUGAAUCAAGUCAGUUUGGGGAAUGUGCUUCAGGGGGAUGGUCAGUGCCUCUUUGUGACUCCUGUUGCACCACCAGUUGUAGUGGUAGGAGUAGCAGCAGUGGUUGUAGUAAUAGAUAGUAAUAGUAGUAAUGGUUCCAAGGUUCAAGGUAUUUCGUCAAGGCUUCCUGCAUCUUAUUCUGAAAUUGUUACGUUCGUAUUGGUCGGAUGUCCGAGUGUGGCCAUCCACCACCCUGAGGUGCUCCCCAACACUGAUGUCACUGCUGCUCAUGAUUUGCUGUUGUAUUUUGAGAAGAACUGUGCCUGUGUAAUAGUUGUAACUUGUCAACAGCCAUUGCUCUAUUGUUUUUUUAAUAACUCUCCUCCUGUUUUAGUGGUAUACAUUGAUUAGAUGCCUUUAUUGUAAGAUUUUUGUUUAAUUAUUUUGUUCUUGUACUUUGGCUUACUGUUCUUUCCUCCCCACCAUCCUCUCUUUCUUUGAGAACUUAAUUUCACACAACCUCUUCAAAAUCUUUAAGUCUUCAGCCACUUAGCGAAUCCAAGCAAAGCUCCACUCAUUUACUGGCUAGGGGAGAUGCUUCACUCUGCUCCUCUGGGACACUGCAGGUCAUAGUGUGAGCUGCCAUCCAUUCCUUGCAGCAGUGAGGGUCUUGCUGUGUGGGGUUAUCCAUGCCUACAUCACAUCAUUUGGUCGCCUCAGCUUGCCCCCUUGAGAUUCUGCCACUUGAGUCUUCCUAAUUGAAGGUUCUUGGGUGUUGAGGUUGAGACACAGAGAGGAACAUGUCUCCUUUGAGCUUUGAUGCUGAUAUAAUGAUUAGGGUUGCUGUGCUAGUGGUGCUUUUAAAAGGAAGGACUUGUUUGGGCAUAUCUGGGUCGCUUUGAGGCUUGGAUGGGUGGUAUGUUUAAUAAUAUGCUUUUUAUAUCAAGUUAAAAUCCAAGCUCAUAUUCUCAGUGAUCCGUUUAGUAUACAUAAUGCAUCAGUCAGGGAACGUUAACUGUUAUUAUCGUUAUCCGGAAGGCUGAAUUUCAGGUAUAUCUCUGAUUCUUACAUUUCAGUGCACCUCAGUGAUUCUUGGUUCUCUAGCAAGGGCAGUUAUUUACUUUUUUGAAGUCAGUUUUGCAGCCACUCUCCUUGCUUCUUUACGUCUUGUAUUCAAACAGUUUUGUCUUCUUUACUUCUACUCCUUCCUCACGGUCAAAAAACAUCGGAGAACUGAGCAACAAUCUCCAUAAUAAGGCAUGUAGUUCUGCUGCUUUUAUUUAUUUAUUUAUAUAUCUUUUGCAAUUACUAGACUUAUAACCCUCAGUAUGGCACAAGUUCACUGCCUUGAAUUGCUGCUUGCUCCCUGUGCUCCCUUGACUGGUGCUCUGAGUGGCCCAGUGGUGGAUGGGCUCCGUGGUCUCUCGUGGCAGCUCAUCUCAUCAGCUUCAGGUAGUCUCAGUCCGUGGCUGCAGUGGCUAGAAUCAGAGGGCCAAAAGGUGGAUGGUCCUGCUGGUCAUGUGGACUCCGAGUGGCCUCCACCAAGAGUCCCACCAGUGAGACAGUUGGGUGGCUGUGGGCCACUGGUUUGCCUGGAGCAGUGGUGUGGCCCCCUGCGGCACUCCCUCUGAGUGUGGUGUGUCGUGCGCUCACGACGCAUCUCUUGCAUAUUAGUUUGCAUUCAUGUAUUCUUUUAGGUAUGAAGUAUUUCAAACCUAUACAUUUCUUGGUUUAGUUUGGAUUCAUGUACUAGACUCGUUUAUGGGUUCCUUGCAGGGACUGUCCUGUGAAGCCACACCUUUGUAUAUUGUGGGAUUUCCUCGAGUUGUAUAUCAGAGACGAAUAUCAUUUCCAUUACAAAGUGUAUAUUUUCACAAGGAUAUUCAAUCAUCACCCUCAGCGCUCCUGAGAAGUACUCAUUACUCACUGUAAGUUAUGCAGCUCAAAAUAUUUAUCAUGGCUUUAUUCCAUCGUUAUCACAUCCCCGACAUCAUCAUGGAACAAACUAUAAUUAAUGGUUUCUUGGUUACUUGCUUUGCAUUUUCAUCCUUUACCAAGUGCAUUCCUAAUUUGUCUGGAGCAUCGAGGUUCAGUAUUAGUAGAGGCUCUACUUAGCUGUCCAGGAGUGACUGUAUUUUUGUACGACAGAAUCAUAACUGGAUAAGGAAACUCAACUGAAACUUUUUUAUCAUCUAUAGAGGUAAUAGGAAGUAGCUUUAACAACUUGUGAGAACCAAGGGUUCAGGGACUGUGGUCCUGAUCAGUGCCAACCAAGUGAGGCUGUUGGCACACGUGUGUGUGUGUGUGUGUGUGUGUGUGUGUGUGUGUGUGUGUGUGUGUGUGAGUGAGAGAGAGAGAGAAUGAGAAUGAGAAUGGUGGUGGUGGUGGUGGUGGUGGUGGUGGUGCAGGGCACCGUGCCCUUGGGUGUGCCAGGAAAGCAGCAUGAGAGGUGCCCAUAUCAGGCAGUGAGGCUCUGGACUGUGCUGGUCUCAGUGACUGACAUUCACCAGGUUCAUGGGGCACAGUGCCACAGUGCCUGGCUCAUGGGGCACAGUGCUGCAGUGCCUGGCUCAUGGGGCACAGUGCCACAGUGCCUGGCUCAUGGAGCACAGUGCCACAAUGCCUGGCUCACUGGGCAUGGUGCCACAGUGCCUGGCUCACAUGGCACAGUGCCACAGUGCCUGGUUCUCAGGGCACAGUGCCACAGUGCCUGGCUCACAUGGCACAAUGCUACAGUGCCUGGCUCACAUGGCUCAGUGCCACAGUGCCUGGCUCACUGGACACUGCUGCUGCUUGAAAUAAAUGGUACAUCUUCCUUAAUCCCAAUCAGAGAAAAUUUUAAUUAUUUUUGUGUAUAUACCAAUGAAAUUUUGUACAGUGAGCUGAAUUUAUUAUAUAUUUCCUUGUUAAAGAAUAAAGUGCUCUAUGUAUUGCAAUGGGAUUAGCGAGGGCUGUGAGCCUCCCCCACCCCCCACACCUCAGUCAUCAUGCAACAUGUCGUCCAUUACUCCUAAAGCCUAGCUAGACCACUUUUGUAAUACCUGAUGACCCUGUAUAUGCCAUUAUAUUACCAAUGCAAGGCUUUUUAUCCCAAACAUUUUGCUUGUAUUUGUAUCACUGUAAGUACUGUACAUAGGGAACAUCUACUGCUGGUCCAAAACGGUUAGCAGCAGUUGCCAGCCAGUAUUGGGUCGUGCUGCCACCCUCCCGACGGCUUGUCCCGCACACCCACCAGUGUACUACUUAAAUUGCUGUUCCAGAUGCAAUACUGUGGCAACUCCUGCCUUGGCCUUGUUGUCAACACAUUUUGUUCUCAUAAUAAAUAAAGUGGAAAAAACGUCUUUCAUUCUUCAGUCUCUCUUUCCUCUGGUAUUUAACUAAACCAUGGGCAAGGCUGCAGAAAGUCACCAGACAGUGGAGGUGAACAUGGCACAUCACUUGACUGCUGGUCUGUGUGUGGUAGUGCCCGAGAAUCAGUUACUAUUACUAUUACACAGACACACAAUUGCUGACCUGUGUGUGGUAGUGCCUGAGAAUGACAGUUACUACUACUACUACUACUACUACUACUACUACUACUACUACUGCAUGCAUGCACACACAAUUACUACUAUUACUACUACUACUACUACUACUACUACAACACACACAAUAGCUCGUCACUUGGCAGAACGACAAAAAAACAAGGGGCAUCAUAUUUACAUUGGUGUCUUCAAUAGGCACCAGUUACGAGUGAUACCCAACAAAAUUUGCCUCCCCUGAUACUGUUGCAUUGUGGUGAAAGCUGUCCAGUCACCAAAAGAAGUUCAAUUGUACUUUUGUCUAUGUUGAUUGUAUUCUACCAGAUGCUUCAGAUAAACAUGAAGUAUCAGACAACUAUUAAACCUUCACCCAUCACAUCCCAGUUCUCCAUAGUCUGUGUGGAGUUAUAAAGCAAUUCAAUAGUGUAUGUAUUCAUUUCAAUUUUUUUCUUUUUUUAAGUAGGAGAGGCUGUGGCCAAGGGCUUUAGAAAGGUUACAAAAAUAAUAACUGAUGGUAAUGGUAAAUAAAUUAAUAAAAAAAAAUAAUACUGUCUUUGGUGGCAGUCCCUAAAGAAGAAAGCUAAUUAGAGAAAAGUUUUGAUCUGUAGCCGUGAAAUUCACUUAACUUGUUGACCACUGUUUGGGGGAACUGUGUUCAACCACAGACUCCCAGGUGCUGACUGUUAAUAAAUUUGUCCAUAGGGAGGUACUCUAGCAUACCACAUUAAACUCUUGUAUAAUAAGACCAGUGAGGAAAAAUAAAGGAAUUCAUUUUUUUGUUAGUUUUUUGCCAGAUCCUGUUAUUGCCUCUUUAAACUAAACCUGUCAGGACCAAGAUUUACAGUGAAGAGGCACUUAACAUCUGGAGAGACUUACCUUAAGAGACUCCACAGAAGUAGGCACUUGCAAUGAGAUGAGAGCUAUUAAACUCACCCACAAGCCUCCACACCACUUCAAGCUGCACCUCAACACCACUUCAAGGCUACAACACUACCAGCUAAAGAAGUGACAUAACUGAUAAUACCAGUCCACAAGUAUGCUUUCUCUUAUAGUUAGUGAAUAGGAAAGUAGAAUCAAUCUCUUAUUGUCCAGUAUAUGAUUUCUCCUUCUGGCUGCUCUCAUUAGGGGGCAUCACAGCAGAUCAUCCUUCUCUAAUGAUCUUCACCUUCCUAUGCCACACCACCACUUGCUUGUCUCACUGCAUCUAUAAGUCUCUCUGGUCUUCCUCUCUUCCUCUUGCUGGUUGGGUUCAUUUCCCUCAUCAUUCUUCAUCUUCCUCAGCCACGCCCACACUUGCAUGUCUUUCACUGCAUCCAUAAAUCUCUUUGGACUUCCUCUCUUCCUCUUGCUGGGUGAAUUAAUUUCCAGCAUCCUCCAUCCCACAUAUGCCUCAUCCCUUUUUCUGACAUGCCCCAAUCAUCUCAGUCUCACUUCUCUUGCCUUGUCCCCAAACUGACUUACAUGGGCUGUCCAAUGUAUGACAAGGGAUGAUCAUUAAAAAAGGAGACUAUUGGUAGUCCUUUCCUGGCAUUCCUUACUUGUGAAGACAGUGUGGCAAAGGCUAGGGUGAGCGUGUUUAGUGUUUGAGUGUAUUGUAGGCAUGCCUUUGCCUCAAUAUAUGUAGUUCUUUCUUUCUUUGCCCCAAUAUAUGUAUUUCUUUCCCCCAAUAUAUGUAUCUUUCUUUGCUCCAAUACAUGUAGUUCUUUCUUAGUCUGUGUUGAGAAGUGUGUGGGAAAGAGGAUGUCUUGGAUCUACAAUGUUUAAUGUUUGAAUGUGUUGAAUGUGUGGCUCUUUCUGUUAAUAGAUGUUUCUACUGGAAGGGAUGUCUUGGAUCUGUAAUGUUCAGUGUUUGAAUGUGCUGAAGUUGUGGUUCUCUUCCCAAAUAGAUAUUUCUUCCCUGAUCUGCUUUGAGAAGUGUGGAAAAGCCUGGCAAGGAAUUUGUACUGGAGUUCUAAUGCAUUGUGGUUCUCCUCCAAAAUAGAUACAUCUUCCCAGGUCUGCCCAAGAAGUGUAAGGAAAAGGCUAGCAAAGAAUGUGUCUUAGACCUGCCUGGUGUAGUGUCUGAGUGUGUCGGCACCUAGCUAUAACUCAAAAGGUGCCGCUCAGUCUAGCCGGCCAACACUUCUUCCUGGGAACUCCCUCAAGGAGGUGGCCGUGGCAGAAGGGUCUCCACUUGCACCUGUCUGUACACUAUAACCUUGCUCACUUCUGCCUCUCUCUCUCUCUCUCUCUCUCUCCGUUUUUGUUUGCUAUAAAAGUUGACAGUAAUGUGUUAAUUGAAAUAUGACUCUAUGGUAUUUGUCUAUACAUCAUAACUUUGCUCUCUCUCUCUCUCUCUCUCUCUCUCUCUCUCUCUCUUAUUAUAAGAAAUUAUUUCAAGUAGGAGAAAAGAAUUUAUGAGGUGAUUGUUUGCUUGCUGCAGUGUCAUAAAAUCAAUGUUAAGCUCUUUUUCCUAUUUAGCAUUUACUCUUACCUCUUAAUACAACCAGGUACAUCUUUAAGCCUCUCUCUCUCUCUCUCUCUCUCUCUCUCUCUCUCUCUCUCUCUCUCUCUCUCUCUCUCUCUUGUGAUUUUAAAAUGGGAGAGAUUACUUCUUUGUUGCAAUAUCAUAAAAUCAAUCAAUCUUUUCUCUUAUUCUCAUCCUCUUAUUUAUAUUUUCCUAUCACCUCUUGAUACAACCAGACAGACACUACCAUACCUCAAGGAGCUAGCAUAAAAAGCACAAAUAGUUCUGAGGCAUGUCAGGAAUAUUUAUUACACAUCUUUAUACAUAUCCGUGGAAACAGUAUCUAUGUAGCGAGUCUUAGAAGUACAAUUGUCACAGGGAGGAGGACCCGAAGGCAGCACUACAGUACAGCGGAAGAUAUAAAUGCUGGUUGUGAUUAUGCUGAACAGUAAUGGAUAAUGCACAUUCUCAGAUUUGUCUUCACAGGGUACUUCAGCCACUCAUAUUGUUUUUGAGUGAGUAUUUCAGUCAUUAAUCUUUUUCUUUGUUGGGUAUUUUCUUUAUUUUUUUUUUUUUCUUCACUGGACGUUUUCUUAAUUAAUCUUUUUCUUCACUGGGCAUUUCAAUCAUUAAUCUUUUUCCUCACUGGACACUUUCACCAUUAAUUUUUUUUCUUUACUGGACAUUUUUAUCAUUAAUCUUUUCUUCAUUGGCUGUUUUCAUCAUUGAUCUUUUUUUCACUGGUCAUUUUCAUCAUUAAUCUUUUUCUUCACGGGGCAAUUCAACCAUUAGUCUUUUUCUAGAGAUAUAUUUUUUACGAUUCUUUAUCUUUUUAUUUUUUCCCAGAGACAAUUUCCACCAACCCUCAUCUUUUCUUUGGAAGCAAUUUUAACCAUUGUUCACCUGUUAAAUUUGCACAAUUCAUCCUUUCCUUCAUAGGGCACCAAUAUCAUCAUGCCUCUUCAUAAUAUCUCCUUUUGCACCACAAUUUCACUCCCCAUUCAUUACCGUCUGAUGAUAGGUGGAAAUAAGCAGGCAUAUUUUACAGAGGGACGGCCACAUAUAGGCUUGAUAAUUUUUUACAGCUUCCUACGUUUUCUUUAAGUUAAUGUGGUCUUAUGUUCCUUGUUCUUGGCUGACCUCUGUUGUCUGACGUUUCUUCCUUUCAGUGAUUUACUUGAGAAUUAAAUAGCACUUGGAGACCACCUUACACAUCAAUUUUAGUAAGGAAUGAUUUCUAGCCUUAGUGAUCUGGUGUUUUUUCCUCUUAAUAACUUACUCUAAGAUUAUACAACACUCUGGACAUUUGGUUUACACUUGUGCCUUGAAUAUAAUACCAGUUUUUGUAAGGAGUGACAUCUGAUGUCAGCUGUCUGAUGUUUCUUCCUUUUAAUAACUUAUUCUAAGAUUAUACAACACUCUGGACAUAUGGUUUACACUUGUGCCUUGAAUAUACCAGUUUUUGUAAGGAGUGACACCUGACCUUGGCUGUCUAUCUCUUUCUCUUGCUUAGAAUUAUACAACACCUUUGACUCUUGUGCCUUGAAUAUAAUACCAGUGUUUGUAAGGAAUGGUGUGUAACUGGAAUGUGUACAUUAAUGUAUAUCUAUAUAGGUUUGAUUGGUAUUUCAAGGCCCUCAUAUUUAAGUUUUACUGUAUUCAUAUUUGUCUUGUAUGAGAAUAUAUAUAUUUUUACAUUUUCACUUCUCUAACUGGUUGUUGUAUAUAUUAUUUGUACACAAUGUAUAUCAAAGACUUGCUGUAGUGAAGAUGGCAGGAUGCUGUUAUAAAUACUUACACUGCAAAACAAAAACAGGAUAAAAAAAUAAAUAAACAUAAUAAGGCAUAAUAAAAGAGAUUAAAUACAAAAAUAAGAUGCAUACGUACAUAAACCAAGGCUAUCUCCUCAAAAAAAGGGAAGAAUAAAAUAAAAUGAAAUAAAUAAAAUUGUAUAAUGCAACUCAACCAUAUGUACAUAAAUUAGACACCUAGCAGAGAAGAACCACCAUGUACAAAUCUUACACUCACCUAUGGAAUAAUGGUAACGACCCUAAAGGCCUCAACACGUGACCAGUGAGCAAGUGUGGCGGUAGUUCAGUUGAAAUUCUGUGUCACUGAUGAGUCUACUUGAGCCUGGAUGGUAUUUUACUUCGACACGGUCACAAGAUCGGUUUCCACAUACUCCAGUCUCAUACUGAAUCACCACAUUUGGCCCUUGAUCACAUGACAAGGCCUGAAACGAAAGACUGUUUGUUCCUCCACCCAGCCAGGAUCACAGGAACACAGCUCACCUGCCUGUGUUGUGCAGGUGACCCCACCUUACUCUACCAGACCAAUCACAGGCUUAUCAAACAGCUGUUCUGUCAAGAGGUGCCACUAGCUUGUGUGCUCUAUUGGGAAAACUCUAAACUGGUAUAAGAAAUGCAUGAAAAAAAAAAAUGAAAAUGGAUGAAAUAUUUUAACAAGACAGAAAGUAUUAGUUCUCAGAUAAAAAGAAGUCUGACACACAUGCACACACACACACACACACACACACACACACACACACACACACACACACACACACA